UCCACGUCUAUCUAAGUAGGCCGUCUUUUUUAACGACAGGGCAUUCUGGAACGUGACGCGCCACUCGAGAUUAUGCGUCUACAGUGACCUCAAGAUCCCCGCCACACAACCGGAAUUUUUGCGAUCUCUCGUUAUAUCAACCAUCGACUGAGAGCCUACUUUCCAAUUAUUGAGGGCAACUAGCACAAAGCUUUCAAAGCACCGAGACAUCAUCCAACUCGAGGCAACGAUCGAUAAAACGGAUCGCGCGUGCCCUCUCUUCUCCCUCCUCCCUAAUCUCACCUCACCCAACACACCACCACAACCGCCACCAUGUCUGAGCGUAAAGUCCUCACUAAAUACUACCCCGCCGACUUUGACCCGAGCGCGCUCACUCGGCGGCGGCGGGGGCCGAAGCAGGAAGGGCCCAAGGUGCAGACGGUGCGGCUGAUGGCGCCGUUCAGCAUGAAGUGCACGACGUGUGGUGAAUACAUCUACCGGGGGCGCAAGUUCAACGCGCGCAAGGAGACGCCCGAGGAGAAGUACCUGGGAAUACAAAUCUACCGCUUCUACAUCAAGUGCACGCGGUGCUCGGGCGAGAUCCGCUUCCGCACCGACCCGGCCAACCAGGACUACGUGUGCGAGACGGGCGCGCACCGAAAUACGGACCCUUGGAAGAGAGGCGCCGGCGACGCCGUGGCGCCGGAAGAGACGGACGAGGAGAGGCUGGACCGCCUCGAGCACGAGGAGGAGGAGCGCAACGCCAUGGUUGAGCUCGAGGCCAAGACGGUCGAUGCCAAGCGCGAGAUGGCCGUCGCAGACGCGCUCGAUGAGAUCCGGACCAGGAACGCGAGGAUAGCCCGCGCGGACAGGGAUGGGAUCGAGGUCGUGGUGGCGCAGGCAGUCGACGAGGAGCGCGAGAAGCAGGAGCGCGAGGAUGAAGAGGCCGCCAGGAGGGCGUUUGCGUUUGCGCGGAGCCAGGCCGCGCUGGAGGAGGAAAUCAUGGACGAGGAUGAUGAUUCUGCGGUUGGUGGUGCAGCCGCCGGGACUAACGGCCCGGCGGCAAGUUCUACGGCUGGACCGAGUGCGGCGGCAGCAGCCACGUCUGUCGGCGAUUCGGAGAUGAAGCCCCCAGCGGCGAUGAAGAGCACGAGCACCGAUAUGCCCCCACCGCCUGUUCCGACCAGCUUCAAGAGACAGGUCAAGAAGAAAACGGAUCGUGCAGCUUUGCUUGGCAUCAAAAAGAAGACCUGAUUUGCAGGCAACGGUAUCACUUUCACGACAGUGAAUGAUGAAUCCAAGGUAUAAAGUGCUACUGUUCAAGAGUGAAUUUUGUUGAGCUCAAUAUUUAAUUUCAUAUUCAGACGUAGGCAGGUCAUUAAUAUCUUUUAAAACCACAACCCAACAACCCCAACGACAAAGAACAACACACAUGAUAUGCAUCCAUUAUCAAAAUUCACGCAAGGGGAUGCAACAUGAUAAUGUAUUGACAGCUUGUUUUGUGGCUGCCAGAAAAUUUCGACGCCGCCGUCGAUUGCGACAUGCAAGACACAACGUAACCCGCGUCAUGCCCCUGGAAAUUCGCGUUUCCGCAUAAAGAUCUCAGAGGGACAAGGGUACAGCAGUGACGAUCGCACAGCUGCGGCCGCAUCCGUCAUAUGCCGGAAGCCGCAUCUGAACUGCCGAGAUGUCGGGCGUCGUCUGGGCGAGGGGACUAGUGAUUUCCGCGAUGUACUCGUUUUUUUGGUUGUUGUAUAAUAUGAUGUUGCUCAUGGUCGUUUCAGUAGUAGCGUCCGCCGUCUGUCAUGAACGGUAUGACGCGUGGUUGCUGGACGGUGGGUUGUAUGUCGACGUCACACCGUUCUGAUGGCUGUGCCUGUCGCUGGACCCGCGUCGCGACUCUGGAGUGGACCUCUCCAUCUGCCUCUUUUGGUGGUCGAGCAUCAUCUUGGAAUAACUUGGCACGUCAACGGGCGGCGGUGAUGUGGUGGUAGCCAUGGACGGGAAAGUGCCGUUGCGGCUGCCGCUGCUGCUCUCUGACGAAUUCGACAUGUUGGUGUAUGAGAGGUGGGAGUGGUAGUCGGCAGUCUGGCUGGGCAUUUGUGUGGUUUUUUAUGGAAAACGUUUGAACUUAGUCGUACGUUUUUAUUGGGAUCGAGAUGGGAGAGGAAGAGAAAGGUAGGCGGUAGGCAGGUAAGAUGGUUGGGUGGUAAGGUAUGUAUGCAGGUGCGAGUCGUGCGAUCCGGUUGUUUUUGUUAUUUUCGAAAGGCCCUAGGCGUGGCACACAAGAUCAGGUAAUCUAUUGGGUUGGAAAUAGGAAACUUGGCGGCUUGUUUGGUCACGCGAGAUGAAAGUUGGUUGUGGAUGUGGGCCAGGUUGGAAGGGGUGGGCUAGCAUGGCACUUUCAGGGUCCUUAUAUAUAAAAGUAGACGCUUGUUGUGGGUGGCACAAAAUGGGGUGUCAUAGCCUGUGGGGAGGGGGGUGAAAGGCCCGAGGUGUGAGAGAACAGAGAGCAAAGAGACAGGGAGGCGGGAUGGGAGGAGACCCUGGGGUGCACCCCGUCAUGGUUCACCAGCGGGUCAGGGACACAGGGUUGGGACGGGUGGGAUAUGAUCAGCUCAUCCUAUGUUUACUCGGGAAACGUCUUUUUUGUUUUGUUGCAUGGUUUCUGGAACCACAUACGUCUUUGGGUUACGGCUGAGUGUAGAAAAUGUGCGUCAGGACAGUGGUGAAUGGUUUUGAUGCAACCACCAACACAAAGGUGCGAGGCGAAAGGGGGGGAAGUGAGG